AUGAAGUAUGAGGAUGGAGAGAUAUGGUGGUGGGAAGUGAGGGACACAGACGCACACAUCAAGAAGAGAAUUGAGCAGUGCUACAAGGCAGUCGCCAGGAAGGAUAUGGCCACGAUUAACUCAUUCCUCUGCCUCUUUCAAUCAUUCAAAUACAAUCUACAAAUUGACUUUUUGAACUUCGUUAAAGAUACAAUGGCCUAUGCUAACCAACAUAGAAGUAUGUUAAUUGCAAUUGUUUCAGUUGAUCACAGAAAUCGAACGAGAAGGAGUGUAUCUAGGCAGCAGGCUGCAGACAACGGACAUGGAGACGGGGAAUCUGUAUACUCUGAGAAGGUUGAGGGGAACAUUAAAGAAAUCCUGGAGGAUUGGGAAAAAGUGAACACGGAAUCGAAUCAUCUUCCGGUUUCCGAGAUGUCUGCGAACAAAAGGACGUCAGCGCAUCGCUUCAAAGGCUCGAAGAUUCAUCUACGCAACUUGUCACAAGAUUCUCCAAAGAGGAGCAUAUUCGCUAAACAUGCCAAAUAG